AUGGGACAGUCCGUAACCACUCCCUUAAGUCUUACUUUACAGCAUUGGAAAGAUGUCCGGACUAAGGCUCGCAACCUCUCGGUGGAAGUCCGGAAAGGAAAAUGGGAGACCUUUUGUUCCUCAGAGUGGCCUACCUUUGGUGUCCAUUGGCCACGGGAUGGCAGUUUUGACCUAUCUCUUAUCUUGCAGGUUAAAUCAAAAGUGAUGGACCCAGGACCCCAUGGGCACCCGGACCAAGUCCCAUACAUUAUCACCUGGGAGGAGCUGGCCCGGGAUCCCCCUCCCUGGGUCAAGCCCUUUACCACUCCCACUCCUCCUCUCGUUCCCUCUGCUCCCGCUCUGCCCCCUCCCCUUACACCUUCUAGGUCCACCCUGUAUCCGGCAGUGACCAAGCCUGUAGGAGACUGUCCUCCAAAGGACACAAAGACCCCGCCAGUCCUGCCGCUGGAGGAGGAUCUCCUCCUGGAUCUCCUCACCGAGGAGCCCCCGCCCUAUCGGGGACCAUACCUCCGGCAGGAGGCUCCGGCGCCUGACCCUGCCCAAAGCCUGGGAGAGGCAGCAGCCGCCAGCCCUCCGGCGGAGCCGUCUCCGAUAGCUGGGCGACUGAGGGGACACCGAGAGCCCCCUCCAGACUCCACUUCACAGGCUCUUCCCCUGCGCACUGGGGCGGACGGUCGGCCCCAGUAUUGGCCUUUCUCUGCCUCUGAUCUUUAUAAUUGGAAAAACAAUAACCCCUCCUUCUCUAAAGAUCCCACUAAACUGACUGCUCUCAUUGAGUCUAUCCUGGUGACCCAUCAGCCCACUUGGGAUGACUGUCAGCAGCUGUUACAGGUUCUCCUGACCACGGAGGAAAAGCAGAGGGUUGUCCUAGAGGCUCGUAAGAAUGUCCCGGGGGCCAACGGGCAGCCCACCCAGCUGCCGAAUGAAAUUAAUAGUGCCUUCCCCUUGGAGAGACCUGAUUGGGACUUCGCCACCGAGGAGGGUAAGAACCACCUACGACUCUAUCGCCAGUUGCUAAUGGGGGGUCUCCACGGGGCUGCUUGAUGCCCCACUAAUCUGGCCCUGGUUAAAUUAGUCACUCAGAAGCCUGAUGAGUCUCCCUCUGCCUUUCUAGAGAGAUUAAAAGAGGCCUUCCGGGUGUACACUCCUUAUGACCCUGAAAACCCCACCCAAGCCACUAACUUAGCCAUGUCCUUUAUUUGGCAGUCAGCCCCAGACAUUAAAAGGAAGUUGGAGAGAAUUGAAGGAUUAAGAGAAAGUUCCAUGCAAGAUUUGUUGAAAGAAGCUGAAAAGAUUUUUAAUAAGAGAGAGACUCCAGAGGAGAGAGAUGAGAGAUUAAGGAGAGAGGCUGAGGAAAGAGAGAGUGUGCGAGAACGUAAGCAAAAUAAGGAAUUUAGCAAACUAUUGGCCACCGUAGUAACAGGACAGAGACAGAAUAGACAGGACCAGGGAGGACGAAGGGGCCCCCGGCUGGACAAGGACCAAUGCACCUACUGUAAAGAAAAAGGUCAUUGGGCUCGCGACUGCCCAAAGAAACCCAAGGGAUCUCGGAAACCUACACCCCAGAGCUCCCUACUCAACCUGGAAGAAGAAUAGGGGGGUCAGGGUCAGGAGCCCCCCCCUGAACCCCGGAUAACCCUAAAUGUGGGGGGGCAACCGGUCACCUUCCUGGUGGACACUGGGGCCCAACACUUGGUCCUUACAACUGCACCGGGCUCUCUCUUCAAUAAAUCGGCCUGGGUCCAAGGAGCCACUGGAGGAAAACGGUACCAGUGGACAACAGAACGGCAAGUGCACCUGGCUUCCGGUAAGGUGACUCAUUCCCUCCUACAUGUUCCUGACUGUCCUUACCCUCUACUAGGGAGGGACCUCCUGACAAAACUAAAGGCACAGAUUUACUUUGAAGGGCCCAAGGCACGAGUUACGGGGCCCCAAGGACAACCCCUCCACGUGCUCGUCCUACAUAUGGAAGAUGAGUACAGGCUACAUGAGACUGAGGGAGAACUCCAGGUAUCCGCUCCAGACGAGUGGCUUAAAAGGUUCCCAUUAGCCUGGGCCGAGACAGGAGGAAUGGGAUUGGCUUCUCGCCAAGCCCCUUUACUGGUUCCACUCAAAGCCACCGCCUCCCCUGUCUCUAUCAAGCAAUAUCCCAUGUCCCAGGAGGCCUACCAGGGGAUUAGGCCCCAUAUUAAGAGACUACUGGACCAGGGGAUCCUAGUGCCUUGCCAGUCACCCUGGAACACCCCACUACUUCCAGUUAAAAAGCCGGGCACCGGGGACUAUCGCCCAGUACAAGAUCUGAGGGAGGUCAAUAAAUGGGUGGAAGACAUACAUCCCACCGUGCCCAACCCAUACAACCUGUUGACUGGAUUGGCCCCAACACAUACUUGGUACACGGUGCUGGAUUUGAAAGAUGCGUUCUUUUGCUUGAGGCUCCAUCCCAAGAGCCAGCAGAUAUUUGCUUUUGAAUGGAAAGAUGCUGAAUUAGGGAUUUCUGGACAAUUGACCUGGACCCGACUCCCUCAGGGGUUCAAAAAUAGCCCCACCCUGUUUGAUGAGGCAUUGCACAGAGACUUGGCUGACUUCAGGGUUCAACACCCGACGUUAAUCCUGCUCCAGUAUGUAGAUGACCUGCUCUUGGCCUCCAAGACUAGGGAAGGCUGCCAGGAAGGGACAGAAGCUCUGCUGAAAGCCCUUGGUGAAUUGGGGUACCGAGCCUCGGCCAAGAAGGCACAGAUAUGUCAACAACAGGUGACUUAUCUGGGGUACCAGAUUAGAGAAGGGAAGAGGUGGUUGACAGAAGCCCGGAAGCAGGCUAUCCUGCAAAUCCCUGCCCCUAGGAAUCCUAGACAACUAAGAGAAUUCCUGGGCACCGCCGGGUUCUGUCACCUCUGGAUUCCAGGGUUCACAGAAAUGGCUGCGCCGCUCUAUCCCCUCACCAAACAGGGGACACUCUUUACUUGGAAAAAAGAACAGCAGCAGGCGUACACAGCCAUAAAAGAGGCCCUGCUGUCUGCUCCCGCGCUAGGCCUCCCAGACUUGACCAAGCCCUUUGAGCUGUUCGUAGAUGAGAAAAAAGGAUAUGCCAAGGGGGUACUGACCCAGAAACUUGGACCAUGGAGGAGGCGUAUAGCAUACCUAUCAAAAAAAUUGGACCCGGUGGCCUCAGGGUGGCCACCAUGCCUUAGAAUGAUAGCCGCCAUUGCCCUCUUGACCAAAGACUCUGGCAAGCUCACCAUGGGACAGCCAAUAACCAUCCUGGCUCCCCAUGCAGUAGAGGCCUUGGUUAAGCAACCUCCAGAUAGAUGGCUCUCCAACGCUCGCAUGACUCAUUAUCAGGCCCUACUGCUGGAUACCGACAAGAUCCAGUUCGGUCCAACGGUAGCCUUAAAUCCUGCCUCCAUGCUCCCCCUGCCGGAAGGCCCAGAGACUCACGACUGUCUCCAGAUUCUGGCAGAAGCCCAUGGUACUAGGCCUGAUCUGACUGAUCAGCCCCUCCUAAACGCUGAUCAUACCUGGUACACCGAUGGGAGCAGUUUUAUAAAAGACGGAGAACGCAGAGCAGGAGCUGCCAUCACCACUACAACAGAAGUGAUCUGGGCCACCACAUUACCCUCAGGUACGUCAGCCCAGAAAGCAGAGCUCAUCACCCUAACCCAGGCACUCCAACUGGCAGAAGGUAAGAGACUGAAUGUAUAUACUGAUAGCUGCUACGCCUUCGCCACUGCCCAUAUACACGGGGAAAUUUAUAGGAGGAGAGGCCUCCUCACCUCAGAAGGGAAAGAGAUCAAAAAUAAACCAGAGAUACUAGCUUUAUUAAAAGCUCUUUUUCUCCCCAAAGGGGUUAGCAUCAUGCACUGCCCCGGGCAUCAAAAGGGAGACAGUCCAGAGGCACUAGGAAACCGGUUGGCAGAUAAAGCUGCCAAAGAGGCCGCACUCGGUCCACAGAGCCACCUCAUAAUCACCCAGGUUCUCACAGAAGGAGAAUACGAAGAGGAGGACUUGGGAGAGGGUGAUUGGAAGUACGAGGAGAAAGACCUGGAGGUGCUCCAGAAAAUGGGAGCCUUCCACGACACAGUAAAGAACCAAUGGGUGUAUCAAGACAAGGUCGUGGUCCCUCACAAGGCCACAGCAUAUCUCAUUGACUAUUUCCAUAAGCUGACCCACUUAAGUGCCAAGAAAAUGAAGACUCUAUUGGACAGAGAAGAAACUGGACUGUAUCUCUUGGGCAAAAAGCAGGCCCUGAAGGAAGCCGCAGCUUCCUGUAAAGCCUGUGCCCAGGUAAAUUCAAAUAAGGCAAGGCCAAUACCCGGAACCCGUCAGAGGGGCCACCGUCCAGGGAUUUAUUGGGAAAUUGACUUCACAGAAAUCAAGCCCGGCAUGUAUGGUUACAAGUACUUACUAGUUUUUAUAGACACCUUUUCAGGAUGGGUAGAGGCCUAUCCCACCAAGCAUGAGACUGCAAAGGUUGUGACCAAGAAGUUCCUGGAAGAAAUCUUCCCUAGGUAUGGCAUGCCCCAGGUGCUGGGGUUGGAUAAUGGGCCCACAUUCGUCUCCCAGGUAAGUCAGCAGGUGGCCACUUUACUGGGGAUAAAUUGGAAACUUCAUUGUGCGUAUCGGCCCCAGAGUUCAGGGCAGGUAGCGCGUAUGAAUAGAACCAUUAAGGAGACUCUAACUAAAUUAACGCUUGCAACUGGCACUAGAGACUGGGUGACCCUCCUCCCGUUAGCCUUAUAUUGGGCCCAAAACACUCCUGGCCCCCAUGGGCUCAUGCCUUUUGAGAUUCUGUAUGGAACUCCCCCUCCUGUUGUCAACUUCCUUGACUCCAACAUUGCCUCGUUUGCUAACAGUCCUUCUUUGCAAGCCCACUUGCAGGCCCUGCAGAUCGUCCAGCAAGAAGUCUGGAAGCCCCUGGCGGCUGCCUACCAAGACCAGCUGGACAGGCCCGUGGUGCCCCACCCUUUUCAGAUUGGAGACUCCGUGUGGGUGUGCCGCCACCAGAGGAAGAACCUAGAGCCUCGCUGGAAGGGACCGUAUACUGUGCUGUUGACCACUCCUACUGCCCUGAAAGUGGAUGGCAUUGCUGCCUGGGUACACGCUUCCCACGUCAAGGCCGCCCACGAGACAUCAAAAACUCGGGAAUCAGAUCAACAACGGUCUUCAUGGAAACUCCAUCGCACUCCAAACCCUUUAAAGAUAAGACUCACCCGCAGCUAA